UCUGAGAGAAAUGAGUGUAUAUCCUGGAUUCCGUGGCUGGAUCAAUCAAAACAUGCAACAGCGUCCUAAGGCUGACUCUGGGAGAUAUGGUAGUGUUGAAUCUAAUUCAGUGUCAGAGAAAGAUACUAAUCUAAAACCAUGGUAUGACGAACCUGGUGAGAAUACAGCUAUGGAACCUGGGGAUGUAAGAUCUAAGGCACUGUAUGCGGUCGAUACCAAAUAUUUUGACGUAAAUGAGAUGGGAAGGCAAUCAAAACUUUGGCAUGCAGAGAAGAAAAAGCAUCCAUGGCAUAUUCCUCCUGCUAAGUUCAAGGUGGAAACAAAAAAUGGUAUUUGCCAUAUGAACAUAGAAUUCAAGGUGGGAUUAAUCCCUCCAGGAGCCUAUGAGAUGCUCACUAAUCCAAGAAACAUAACAUUCUUCAGUGCAGAUGAAAAUUUGCGACAACGUUUGGAAAACAAAGCAACAAAGGUUUUGAAGAAGGAUGGACCAAUGCAGAUCACUGAUGUGAGGAAAUCUCUAAGAUGGAAGUUUCUUUUGUUUUCCGGAACUACCCCGAUUCAUCUAAUCAUCGAUGAAAAUCAUCAGAAUCUUACUGCAAAAUUUACGAAAAAGAAAAACACAAUGAAGUACAUGAAAAUAUUCGAGGGUUGCUGGAAACUAGAGCCGCUAUUCGUAGAUUCCGAACGCUUGUGCAACCAAAGAGAGCCGAAGAGUCAAGAAGAAUACAAAAGAUGUAGCCGCGGUAAAGGAAGGAUUGGAUCAACCGUGACAAUGGAGCUUAUCUUUCAGCCUUCUUCUCUUCUUAAUCUGCCACCGGUUUCUUGGAUCAUCCGCCGGAUCAUUAUAAAAACCACAAAGAUUUUGAUAGAAGAUCUUAGACAAUUUGCUAUCAUGAUGCACAAAAUGUAAAAACAAAUAUGUGAUAAUUAUUUAUUUGUUUCAUGGUACGUAAAACAUAACGGGUUAUGUAUGUCUUCAUGAGAGUGUGGUGUAAUUACAUAUCUUGUUCUGUUUGCAGGAUCUACAUAGCUAUGUAUAUGUACGAAAAAUUAAUAUUUUUUUAUUGUGCUUGAAGGUAACAAUGAAAAAUUAAUA